AUGUUCUAUGAGCUGAAGUACUGGGACGAUUGGUAUGAAAGCCACACCGAACUCUUCGAUUGGUAUGUGCAACUUCCUAUCUUCUUUCCACACAUCCAGAAGUACUUCCACCCAGACAAGCAUAUCCUCGUCCUUGGAGCAGGAGUCUCCAGACUUCCCUAUCAGCUAUAUGAUCUUGGAUAUAAAAACAUCACAUGCAUUGACUUCUCAGCUGGAGCCAAAAGGAAUAUGGAAGGAGAGCUUCGAAGAAGGCCGGAGAUAGAAUAUCUCGUAAAGGAUGUGGCAGAACUUAAUAAGUCUCUGUUCAACAAGCUAUUUGACAUAGUGAUAGAUAAGGGUCUUCUGGACUGCCUGCUUACUAAUUCCUUUGAACCCCUGACUGCAAUGAAACAAGCUAUCGAGACAGUGUACCGGCUCAUGAAUCCGAAUUCAGUGUGGUUCACUCUUUCCUUUGACGGUCUUGAUCGCCAAGAAAUGCUAGAGUAUUGCACAUCCAAAACGUUUGUCGUCAGCAAACCAUACAAGGUUAUCCCCCCUGCACUAGAGAUAUCUCUUCAAACAAUGCCCACGUUUUACCUCUAUAAGUUAGAAUACAUGCCAGCAGUGUCAGGUACCAAUGAGGCCUAA